AUGCGGCCUGACAACUCCAACGAACACAACAGAUCGCAACAACGGCCUUCAACGAACGGUUCCUCCCAUAACGGCUCCUCUCCUCAGACGAAUGGCUCCGUCAAGAGCGAGACAAAUGGCUAUCAUACGAACGGACAUUCAGAAGGCGCGGUAGCAGUGAGGAAUAAGGAGCCGUUCUUUGGCCAUGACAGAGAAGAGGUCACACGGAUACUACUGCAAAGUCUGAGCGAUCUAGGCUACCAAGGAGCGGCACAGCAGCUUUCCAAAGAAAGUGGUUAUGAGUUGGAGAUUCCAUCAGUGGCUGCUUUUAGGAAUGCGGUUCUGAAUGGAGAAUGGGAAGAGGCCGAGUCAUUACUGUUUGGAAAUAGUGCAGAAGAGUUGGAUGGCGGCGGGGUGCCUGUCGGCAAUGGACAUUCGAAUAGCCUCUCAUGGCGAAAGAGCGGCGAAGGCAGGAACUCGUUCGGCAGUCAGAACGGGUAUGCUAGGAAUGGCCUACCGCUGGCAGAAGGUGCAGAUACGACCUACCUCAAAUUCGUUCUCAGGCAACAAAAGUACCUGGAGUUGUUGGAGCAGCGAGACCUGAAUGCGGCGCUUACCGUGCUGAGGACUCAACUGACACCACUGAAAGGCGAUGUAGGCAGGCUGCACUUUUUGUCAAGUCUCGUGAUGUGUCCGACAGAGUCAGAUCUUCGCACUCAAGCGGACUGGGACGGCGUCGAAGGUCAAAGUCGGCACCUGCUCCUCUCAGACAUCUCACGAUCAAUAUCGCCAUCAGUGAUGAUACCUGAACAUCGCCUUGCGACCCUGCUAUCGUCGGUACAGGAAGAACAGAUACUCAACUGCCGUUACCACAACACCACACUCCAACCAAGCUUAUAUACGGACCACGAAUGCCCGGCAGACGACUUCCCAUUGAACACACUCCUGGAGCUAAGGAAUCAUUCUGACGAAGUAUGGUUCCUCGAGUUUAGCCACGAUGGAUCGAUGCUAGCAACCGCCGGUAAAGAUGGACUCGUCUGCGUCUACGACACUACUCGAUGGCGACUGAAGCAUGAAUUCCGCGAACACGAGCGAAGUCCACUCGCCAGUGGCUCAAGCAGUGCAGGUGCUCCCGAAAACCGUGGCGUCUGCUAUGUUGCUUUCUCACCUGACGACCAAUACCUCAUAUCGUGCAGCCAAAACAACGAAUUCGUCGUCGUGAACGUGAAAAGCGGGCAGCGAGUAGCAACGGCCGAUCAUUUCGACUACCCCGUCACAACUGCUGCCUGGCUACCCGAUUCCGAGACCUUUGUCGUUGGCGCUCAGGGGUCGCGAAGGCCAUUAGGUCUGUAUUCACUGCGAUCGCCGAGUUCAAGCAGUGGCAGUUCCAUCGUGCGGAAUAAUGAAAUUCACUCAUGGCGGGACCCACCGUGGGAUCAUUCUCUGAAAGACCAACAGCCGAAUAGCUUUCGCAUCACAGAUUGUUCCGUGAACACUGCUGGGACGAGAAUGGUGGCAACGACGAUCGACAAUCGCAUCAUGCUGUACUCGCUUGAACCAGCCGCCAGAUACUGCAAGCUCGCGGAUUGGGCCAUGGAAGACAAGCUCACCUCGAUCAACUUCUCUGCAGAUGGCGAUCUCUUGCUGGUCAAUAUGAAUGAAGGUCGCGUGCUCGCAUUGGACUCUGAGACCGGCGAGCUGGUCUGCAGAUACGACGGUGCCUCGCAGAAGGAGUUCGUCAUCCGCAGCAAUUUCGGUGGCGCUGGGCAGAGUUUUGUUAUCUCUGGAAGUGAGGAUUCUCGUGUCUACAUCUGGAGACGGCAGACAGGCGCGCAGGUUGCAGCGCUGGACGCUCAUCACCCUGGCACAGUCAACGCAGUCGCGUGGCAGCCUACGAACGCUGGGAUCUUUGCCAGCGCUGGUGACGAUAGGAGAGUCAGAAUAUGGGCCUCUGCCACGGCCAGCCGAAGACCACAAUCAGCAGAAGCAUCAGGAGGCGCUCCGAGGCCACUCAGCGGAGGAGAAGGUGGGCGAUACUUGUCAUUCGGGGCACGGUAG